AUGUCGCUUGAAGCGCAGAAGCAGAUUGAGCAGAUGAAGGACUUCAUUUUGGCUGAGGCGAAGGACAAGGCGAAUGACAUCCAGAAGAAGGGCGAGGAGGAGUUCAGCAUCGAGGUCUACCGCCUCAUCACCGAGCAGAAGGAGAAGGUCCGACAGACCUAUGAGAAGAAGACCAAGCAGAUCGAGACGCAGUACGCGAUCGCGCGGUCCAUGGCGAUCAACAAGCAGCGACUGGAGAAGAUCAAGGCCCGGCAGGAGGUGAUGCACAAGGUCUCCAACGACGCGCAGGUGGACAUUGUGAAGGAGCUUGCCAAGUCCGACACCUCCAAGAAGUUCAUCACCCAGCUGCUCCUGCAGGGCAUGCUGAUGCUGCUGGAGAACGAGGUGGUUGUUCGAUGCCGACAGUCCGACAAGGGCCUCGUGGAGGGCUGCUUGAAGGACGCCUCGGACCAGUAUGCCGCCCUCAUCAAGAAGGAGACGGGCGCCACGAAGGCCAGUGCUCCCGGAACCGGUGGCUGGCAAGGACAGCUGCAGCUCCGCAUGCUUGUGAUCAUCUUCCCCAAGACGGCCCCUCUUGCCUGGGCGGUGUGA